CUAUUGGCUCUCGUCCUUUACUUCUUAUUUUUUUCUUUUUAACCAAACGAAAGUGAUAAAAAGCUCUUUCAUAAGAACUACAAAAUAAACCAAACUAUAUGACUGAAAAUAAACCACUAAACAAUCAUGGCGUCUAUGAUCAAUAUCCUCUUCAUCUUGGUUUCUACUUCUACUGUUAUUGCCAUUUCAGCACCACCUGCAACUUCAUUAACAAGUGAAGUAGAAGAAGCAGAAGCUCUUCAGAAAUGGAAAGCUAGCCUAGAAAACAAAAACCCAUCUCUCUCAUCUUCAUGGGUUGGAGACAACAGAGCUUGCAAUUGGGUUGGAAUUGUUUGUGAAAAUUCCACAACCAUCAGACAUCUAAAUCUCACAGGUUAUGGGUUAAAAGGUACACUUCAAGGUUUCAUUUUCUCAUCCUUUCCUAACCUUUUAACCUUUGAUCUCAGGAACAACUCACUUUAUGGAACUAUCCCCUCCAGCAUAGCCAACCUCUCUAGCCUCAUCUACCUUGAUUUGUCUUCAAAUCAACUUUUUGGAAUAAUCCCACCUGAGAUAAGUUUUCUAAGUGGUCUUCAAUUCCUUUAUCUGGGUAAAAAUUACUUGAAUGGAUCUAUUCCUGAAGAAAUAGUUAUGCUUAAUAAGUCCCUCAGUGUGCUUGAACUGUCUGAAAAUAAUCUCAAUGGUCCAAUUCCUGUGUCAAUUGGGAACCUGAACAACUUGACUGUUUUACACCUUUUUAUAAACAAAUUUUAUGGAUUUAUCCCUUCUAGUAUAGGAAAUUUGACCAAGCUCACCCAGUUGUACCUGAUGCAUAACCAACUGUACGGCUCAAUCCCACCAGAAUUCGGAAAUCUAAAGUUUCUUACCCAUGUUGGAUUGGUAGGUAACCAAUUUAAUGGCUCCAUUGAUUUAGUCAUGAAGAAUAUCACUUACUUGAAGUAUUUAGCAUUGAGUGACAACCUGUUUUCUGGUUAUUUGCCCCAAAAUAUAUGCAUCAAUUCAAGGCUAGAAUUGUUUUCUGCACAUAGCAAUUACUUUGUGGGCUUUAUCCCUCUGAGUUUGAGAAACUGUACCAGUCUAAUUAGAGUAAGGCUUGAAAGAAACCGGCUAACAGGAAAUAUAUCAGAGGAACUUGGAAUAUACCCGAAUUUAGAUUAUAUUGAUUUGAGCUAUAACAAUUUCUAUGGAGAAAUUUCUCAGAAGUGGGGACAAUGCAAGAAUUUACAAAGUUUGAAAUUGUCCAACAACAGAAUUUCUGGAGGAAUUUCUCCUCAUCUUGAAGGUUCAGUUGAGCUUCGUUUACUUGAUCUCUCUUCCAAUAACCUAGUUGGAGAAAUUCCAAAGGAACUGGGAACCAUGGUAUCACUGUUCAAUCUUAAUUUGGGUGACAAUAAACUCAGUGGAAGUAUUCCACCAGAAAUUGGAAUAUUAUCCGAUCUUACACAUCUUAACAUAGCAGUAAAUAAUCUGACUGGUUCAAUUCCUAAACAGUUAGAUGGAUGUACAAAAUUAAUGAGCUUGAAUUUAAGCAAAAACCGCUUCCCCAUGAAUCUCCCCCCCGAGAUUGGAAGCUUGCAGUAUCUUCAAGUUCUGGAUCUUAGUUACAAUUUGCUAACAGGGGAAAUGCCUUCACAACUAGGGGAAUUGAAGAACUUAGAAGUAUUGAAUCUCUCUCACAAUGAGUUCUCUGGUUCAAUCCCUUCCACUUUUGUUGGAAUGUUAAGCUUGACAGCUAUUGACAUGUCCUCCAAUCAAUUAGAGGGUCCUCUGCCUGACAGCAAAGUCUUCGAUGAGGCUCCCAUUGAAGCAUUUAUAAAUAACAAAGGCUUGUGUGGUAUGGUCAUAGGCUUGAAAGCUUGCCCAUCAACCAUUAGAAGUGGGAAAAAAGAUAACAACGUUGUCAUUUUGGUUACAGUCCUUGUCUUAUGCAUGCUGUUUCUUGCUCUAGUUGUAAGUGGGAUUGCUUAUGUUCAUUGCAUUCGUAAGACUUCAAGAAAUAAUUUGAAUGGCCAACCAGAAGCACAGCAUGAGGAUCUGUUUUCAAUAUGGAGCUAUGAUGGGAAAAUGACUUAUAGAAGCAUCGUUGAAGCAACAGAUAAUUUCCAUUCAAGAAACUGUGUAGGAGAAGGUGGGAAUGCAAGUGUUUACAAGGCUAGACUGCAGACGGGUCAGGUUGUGGCAGUGAAGAGAGUCAACACCCAGGAGGAAGGCAGGGUAGCUGAUUUUAAAGCUUUUGAGAGUGAGAUUCGUGCAUUAUUAGAAGUUCGUCAUCGCAACAUUGUGAAGCUUUAUGGUUUUUGUUCAUAUCCACCAAACUCAUUCUUGGUAUACAGAUUCGUGGAAGGGGGGAGCCUGGAAAAGAUACUAAGCAACGACAGAGAGGCUCAUAUGUUUGAAUGGAGUAAGAGGGUGAAUCUUAUUAAAGGUGUGGCCAGUGCUUUAUCCUAUAUGCACCAUGAUUGUUUACCUCCAGUGGUUCAUCGAGACAUAUCCAGCAAGAACAUAUUGGUGGAUUUAGAAUAUGAGGGCUAUAUUUCUGAUUUUGGCACAGCGAGGCUUUUAGAGCCUAACUCUUCAAAUUGGACUUCAUUUGCAGGCACAGUUGGAUACACUGCUCCAGAGUUUGCAUAUACACUAGAAGUGAAUGAGAAAUGUGAUGUUUAUAGUUUUGGAGUGGUAUCGUUAGAAGUGAUUAUGGGAAAGCACCCUGGAGAUCUCGUCUCAACUCUCUUUUCUUUAUCAUCAUUGACAACACCAUCAACUUCCCAUGAUAUACCACUGAAGGAUGUAUUGGACCAACGCCUUAUACCUCCUAGAAAACAAGAUGCAGAAGAUUUGGUCUCUAUUGCGAAGCUUGCAUUUUCAUGCCUGCAAAUCAAUCCACAAUCUCGACCAACCAUGAAACAAGUUUCACAGGAGCUAUCCGUUCAAAGAGUUCCUUCAUCGAAUGUUUUUAGCAGGAUUACUUUGGGAUGACUGGUUAAUAAUGCUUGAUUUUUUGCAAUGCAUCUUUUCAUGUAAGUUCUUUGUGUCGGUCUAGUGCUAUUUCACUGUAUAUAAUUUCACCUUUUUCAUGCUGUCUCUAAGUAGCUCACAAGAACUUGAUAUUCAAAGACAAAUCAUCAAAGCAAAACUGUUUCCUAACAA